AUGCCGACAUACCCCAGUCCCAACACAUCGAAGCCGGGCAAUACCUAUUUGUCAAAGGAAGUAUCCGACCGCAUAAUUUAUCAACUCAUUCUCGCCUCGAUGGAAUCAGAUGCUGGGUGUCAAUGUUCGAUUGGAGCUUUGCAGAUCAUGAACGAGCUUCAGGGCGUGCACGCAGUGGUUGAACUGGAAACAAUCCUCAGCUUAGUCGACCGUAUACAUGGCCUGGGCCAAGCGAUGCUAAGAUGUAGGGAUUGCAGAGCCAACCCAGGUCCAUCUCUCAUGACUCUUCCAGCCCUCACCGACCAGUCUCUUGCUCUCUUUGAAGCAGCCUGUCUGGCCUACAACGUCACCCGAAAGGAUGUUUUAUUCGACUCGUCAUUGCCCGUUUGCAUACCGAGCAAGUCGCAACUGGGUCAGAUGGAGCUGGAAGAUGAAGAGACUGGAGUUCUAGUGCGCAUGUUGCUUGGCAAAGGGUCGAUGAAGCUAUUGGAGCUGCUGAAGGGGCUGCGAUCACUAUCCAAAGAUAAUGGUCAGUCGCUCAGAGUUGGUGUUGGGACGUCAAGAUCAGGCGAUCCAUCCGUCGAGCCCGCGAUCCGUCGUAUUGUAUUGUUUAUGGAGCAAAUCGAAGGAGAUUCAGGUGAGCACAUCAGUGCCGACGCUUGUUUGGUGCAGGGCCUGACCAAGCUCUAG